GCAUGGAGCACGUCAGCAUCCAGCUGGACCUGGAGGCUGAGUUCCACUUCACCCACCUCAUCAUGACCUUCAAGACCUUCCGCCCCGCGGCUUUGCUGGUGGAGCGCUCGGCUGACUUUGGGCGCACCUGGAAAGUCUAUCGCUACUUCGCCUACGACUGUGCUGCCUCCUUUCCACACGUCCCACAUGGGUCCCCGCGCCGCAUUGACGACGUCGUCUGCGAGUCCCGCUACUCUGACAUCGAGCCUUCCACUGAGGGGGAGGUGAUCUACCGGGUGCUGGACCCUGCCAUCCCCAUCCGGGACCCCUACAGCCCUGCCAUCCAGAACCUGCUGCGUGUCACCAACCUGCGGGUGAACCUCACCAAGCUGCACACGCUGGGGGACAACCUGCUGGACUCGCGGCGGGAGAUCCGGGAGAAGUACUACUACGCGCUCUACGAGCUGGUGAUGCGCGGGAACUGCUUCUGCUACGGGCAUGCCUCCGAGUGCGCCCCGCUCAGGCGUGGGGCCCCCCGCCACCACCGACGGCAUGGUAGGGUGCACGGGCGCUGUGUCUGCAAGCACCACACAACAGGGCUGAACUGUGAGCGCUGUGAGGAUUUCUACCACGACCUGCCCUGGCGCCCAGCUGAGGGCUCCAGCACCAAUGCCUGUCGCCGCUGCGACUGCAACGAGCACUCGCAGAAGUGCCACUUCGACAUGGCUGUGUUCCUGGCCACGGGGAACAGCAGUGGGGCCGUGUGUGAUGACUGCCAGCACAACACCAUGGGCCGCCGCUGCCACCUCUGCAAGCCCUUCUACUACCGCCACCCUCGCUCCGACAUCCGUGCCCCCACCGCCU